AUGGUACAAGAAGAGACCGUCCUCCUCACAGGCGCAACUGGAAAUGUCGGUGGUGUUAUCCUCGAACACCUCUUUCAGACGACAAACUACAAUGUCAACAUUGUCCUGCGAAAUGCUCCGAAGCAGAUACCUCUCUUCCGUGCGAGGUAUGCGUCCGAAGCUUCAACAGGUCGUCUCACGUUCACGUCAAUUCCAGACAUGACGACCCCAGGGGCGUUCGACGCAGCAGCAGCCUACGCGAGUGCGAUAAUCCACUGUGCUACUCCUGUCGGGAGCGACACCGACUGGGUCAAAGAUAUGAUCGAGCCGACCUGGACCAUCGACCACUCUAUCCUCACAGCAGCCCAGAAGUCUCUCACCAUCAAACGCGUGAUCAUAUGUGGCACCCUCCUGCAGACUCUUGGUCCAUAUAACCUGUUUGACCCAGCAACAACGAUCACGGACACUUCGUACAACAGCACCACCUUCGAGGAAGCAAAGGCCGGGCCGUGGCGAAACGCAUACAUGUUCUCGAAGACGAAUGCUGAGCGGAAGACCUGGGCGUGGUAUGAGGACCAGGGAGGACAAGAAGGCACGGGAUUUGACAUUGUGAUGUUGUUACCGCCGAUGAUCACGGGGAGGAGUCCGCAAGUUGGCUUUCAGCCUGGACCCGGGCCGGGCGGAAUUGGUCGUGUAUACCACGCUUUAUUUGAGAGCAAGACGGCCGAAGACAUGGAUGCUAUGUUUCCCAUAUUCUUGGACACAGACGAUGUCGCACGAGCGCAUGUGCUGGCGCUUGAGCGGGAGAAGGUGCCUGGGAAUCAGAGGUAUCUUCUCGCUUCUCCGGAGAUGGUUGAUCUGCGAAGCGUCGUUGCAAGGAUGAGGAAGGAGUAUGCAGAGGUGAGGCAUAGGUUGCCUGAUGUGGGGAUCGACGAAGAAGGAUCCAAAGGGAGAAAGGCAAAGCUGGUAAAGGUUGACACAAGCAAGAGUGAAGUCGUCUUCGGGAGGGACUGGGAGAGCGCAUACAACAGUAUCAAGGAGACAGUGCUGGAUGUGGUGAGAUGGGAGCAGGAAACGGAAUCAGCGAGAGUAGAAUAG